GAAACAAAAAAAAGAAGAAGAACACACUCACAAAUACUUCCUCCGUCCCACUAUAUUUGUCCACUUUCAUUUUUGCACACCAUCCAAUACACUUCUUUAAUCCAUUUUAUCUUGUAAUUUGUAUAUUAAAAAAUUAUAGAAAUUAUAUAUUAAUAAUCUAUAUGUUAAGACAAAUCAAACAAGAUCACACAUGACUAUAUUUAGGCUUACACAUUGAGAGAAUUUGAUGAGCCAAAAACCAGAAAUCAGCUUAAUUUCACUAACGGCAACGCGCCGCCGUCAUCUUCCGCCGGGGCCGCCGUAUCAGAGUAAAUUACGUAAGGAGUCAUGGAGGAAUUUCCAGACGAACUCCGCACUCCGCCGAUCGCUCUGGUGACUCUGGUGGGGUGUCCGGAUCUGCACGCACCGAUCACGGCGCACCUCCAUGCGGAGCAGCCGCCGAUUAACUCUCUGGCGCUACCCGAAAUCUCAAAGAUCUCGAUACUGUCAAAGCGCGCGAAGGAAAAUUCAGCCCCAGCCCAGCCAGUUGGUGGCAUAUUGAACAGAGAUUGGCUUUCCAAGCACAGGACCAGAGUCCCUGCCGUUGUGGCCGCCAUUUUUGACUCCGUUCACGUCUCCGGGGACCCGGCUCAGUGGCUUCAGGUCUGCACCGAUCUUGAAAACCUCAAAGCAGCAAUCCGAGGAAGGAAUAGCAAAUUGGUAGUGGUGGUUGUAUCUCAUUCCAAGAGUAAAGAUGAACUUAGCGAAGAUCGUAUGGUUGCCUUGAGAAAGCGUGCAGAGUUGGACCCAAAACACCUUAUUGUGUUUGUCCCAGAUGAGCCAUCAAGGCUACAACACUCCUUAAAGAGGUUGGGAAGUACAUUUGCAGAACUGGCAAAUGGAUACUAUAAAGAUGAAGGAAGAAGAAUUAAAACACGUCUUGAAAGGAGAAACUAUCCAUCUGUAGAGUUAAAUAUUCGAUAUUGUUUCAAAGUUGCUGUAUAUGCAGAAUUUCGUAGAGACUGGGGUGAAGCUUUGAGGAUGUAUGAGGAUGCAUAUCACGUACUAAGAGAAAUGGUUGCUACAUCAACAAGAUUGCCUCCCAUUCAACGUUUAGUUGAGAUCAAGACAGUCGCUGAGCAACUGAAUUUUAAGAUUUCGACAUUGUUACUGCACGGUGGAAAACUUUUAGAGGCAAUAUCCUGGUUUCGGCAGCAUAAUGCUUCUUACAGGCAGCUUGCUGGGGCACCGGAAGUUACUUUUCUUCAUUGGGAGUGGUUGAGCAGGCAGUUUUUGGUGUUUGCAGAACUACUAGAGACAAGCUCUGCCACUGAUCUUAAUACAUCCACUGUAGUUUCAGGCACUGCAGAUACGCCAACAGAGUGGGAGUUCCAUUCGGCUUAUUACUUCCAGGUUUUGGAGCUCUUCUUUCUAAAUUCUUUAGAAAUUUUAGACAGUGUCACAAAUCUCUAUCGACAAGAAGGAUGGGUUACCUUGUUAUGGGAUGCCCUAUGUAACUUGCGAGAAUGCUCAAGGAAAUGUGGAAUAGUGAAAGAUUUUGUAGAAUACUCACUUGAAAUGGCUGCAUUACCAAAUUCAAGUCUUUCACAAAGAGAGACUAUACACAAGGAAGUCUUUGCAGUUGUCAGAGGGGAUGAAUCUGGGAGUGGAGAGAAUGAUAGCCUGAGAGUACAUGCUGAUAAGCCUCUUUAUAUUGAGAUUGAUCUUAUCAGCCCUCUCAGAGCAGUACUUCUCGCAUCAGUUGCUUUUCAUGAACAAAUGAUUAAGCCUGGUGCGCCAACAAUGAUUACUUUGUCUCUUCUGUCACAGUUGCCCCUUAAUGUUGAGAUUGAUCAGUUGGAAAUUCAAUUUAAUCAGUCCGAGUGUAAUUUUAUCAUCGUAAACGGUCAAAGGUCCCAUUUAGCUGCAAUUUCUUGCGUGCAGCCUGGUCGGCGAGUUGAAACAGCACCUACCUUGGAACUCAUUACAAACAAAUGGAUACGGCUUACAUAUGAGAUAAAAUCUGAGCUAAGCGGAAAACUGGAAUGCAUAUAUGUGAUUGCUAGAAUGGGGCUGUCUUUCUCAAUCUCAUGCAGAGCCGAAAGUCCUGCGUCAAUGAAUGACUUGCCACUCUGGAAGUAUGAAAACAGAGUGGAAAGCAUACCAACCAAAGAUCCGAGUUUGGCAUUUUCCGGUCAGAAAGCUGUCCAGGUAGAAGAACCAGACCCACGAGUAGAUCUAAGCUUGGCAUCCUCUUGCCUAGCUUUGGUUGGUGAGAUAUUUACUGUUCCCGUGAUUAUUACUUCCAAGGGACAUGCAGUCCAUUCAGGUGAACUGAAGAUUAAUCUGGUGGACACAAGAGGUGGCGGCUUGCUUAGUCCCAGGGAGGCAGAGUCAUUCUCAAUAGAUAAUCUCCAUGUGGAGCUUGUUUCCAUUUCUAGACAAUAUCAUGAAGAUAAAUCCAUAGCUAGUUCUGAGAACAUUCAGAAAAUCCAACCCUCGUUUGGAUUGAUCCCUGUUCCCUUUUUAAACGAAGGAGACUCGUGGUCUUGUGAAUUGGAGAUUAGAUGGAACCGCCCUAAACCCAUCAUGCUUUAUGUGUCAUUGGGUUACUAUCCCCUUGGCACUGAAAAGAGCCCACAGAAAGUCAAUGUUCAUAAAAGCUUGCAGAUUGAAGGGAAAACUGGUAUUGUGAUGAGCCAUCAGUUUAUGUUGCCUUUCCUGCGGGACCCUUUACUCCUAUCUAAGAUCAAGCCACCAUCAGCUUCUGAUCCCGAAGAUCAAACAUCACCUUCUCUUCCUUCAAACGAGACCAGUUUCCUCAUUGUCACAGCCAAGAACACCACAGAGGUGCCUUUGCUCUUAGAAUCAAUGUCUAUCGAUGCAAGCAACGACGACGCCACAAUGGGGCCCACACGUCUUGUUGCCGGAGAAGAGUUCAAGAAAGUGUUCCCGGUCACUCCUAAAGGAACUCUCUCUGUGUUGAAGAUGGGAGCAGUGGAGUUGAGAUGGAGAAGGGAUUCUGCUGAGAGUAGCAAUAGUUCCUCUGAUCAGGUUUUGACCAAACACAGCCUUCCAGAUGUGAAAAUCGAGUCUCCUCCUCUGGUUCUGAGCUUAAACACCCCUCCUCAUGCGGUACUCGGGGAUGCAUUCACCUACGCCAUCAAAAUCAGCAACAGAACGCCGCUGCUCCAGGAGAUCAGGUACUCUUUGGCGGAUUCCCAGAGUUUCGUUCUGUCCGGGUCCCACAAUGACACCAUAUUUGUUCUGCCGAAAUCCGAUCACAUUCUCAUUUACAAAGUUGUACCCCUUGCCUCUGGCUUUCAGCAGCUUCCUCGGGUCACUGUGACCGCCGCGAGAUACACCGCGGGCUUUCAGCCUUCUGCCACAGCCGCCACUGUUUUUGUGUUCCCUACGAAGCCUCAGUUCAAGCAUGCGGCGGAGACAGGGAAUGGGUCAUCUUCUGUCCCAGCUGAACAGAAAUAGAACAAUUUUUGCCCUUUUGUAUACAAAUUGCACCGGCGGAUAAAGAGUUGAAUGAUUGUGUACUUGUCACAUCUUUAUUGAUUGAUUUCAAUGAGAAUCUUAUAAUGCGGUGUACGUUUAGAUUAAACGUCCUUAAAAUUCAGCAUGAUUUAUUAAAAAUUAUUCUGAACU